AUGGAUGGUCGGGCCUCGCCCUACCGGGGGGCCAUGGGGGGCCACGGGGAGGGCACCGGGGAGGCUCCGGGGGGGUUCCGAGGGGGCUCGGGGCCUGGCGGGAGUGAGUGCGAGCAGACGGUGGCUCUGCUGGCGCUGCUCAAACGGGUCACGAGGACGCAGGCCCGGUUCCUGCAGCUCUGCCUCGAGCACUCCCUGCAGGACUGCCCCGACAUCCACCGGCGCGAGGCCGAGGCCAACAGUGCCGCUGCCAUCUCGCAGUGGCCGCAGGAGCCGGCUGAGGCCGCCGUGUCCCUGCUGCUGUCCCACCUGCCGCUGCUGCAGCCCGGCAAUGCGGCGGCCAAGGCCGAGUACAUGAAGCGGCUGCAGAAGGUGCUGGCGGAGGCCAUCGAGAGCAACCGCUGCGUGGAGGAGAGCCGGCAGCUGCUGUCCUACGCGCUCAUCCACCCCGCCACCACGGCCGAUGACCGCAGCGCGCUGGCCCUGUGGCUCGGACACCUGGAGGAGCGCCUGGCCCCCGGCGCCGCCCCCUCCCCGCGCCGCCCCCCUGCCCACGAGUGGCCCCCCGAGCAUCCCCCCGAGCCGGGCGGGGCCUGGGCAGAGCCCCCCGGGGGCGGCGCGGCCCCUCCCCGUGAGAACGGGCACCCGGCGUACCACGGGGCGGGGGGAGGGGGGGAUGAGGGGGUUCAGGAGGGUCUGGGAGUCUCACUCCCACCUUUUCCCCCCUCCCCAGAGUGCCCCCUCCCCGGCACCGACCUGGAGAUUAACCCCACCCUGGAGUCGCUGUGUCUGAGCAUGACCGAGCACGCCCUGGGAGAUGGCACGGACAAGACCUCCACCAUCUGAUGGUGCCUCCCCCAUCCUCCCCAAGGUGGAGGGGCACCCCCUUAACACCCCCCCUUCUCCUGCCACCCACCCCCCAGGGGGUCCCCAAAACAUCUGGAGCGGCGGGGGGGGGUUAAAACCCUUCCUCCCCCCUUGAACCUCCCCCACAGCAGGGGGGGUGGGCUCAGGGGGUUCCCCGGUGAGGGAGGGGCUCCCCCAGGCCAAUGACCUCACAAGGGGGGUCCAUGACA